AGGAAUAGGAGGAGACGAUCCGGACUGUCCUGUUACUAGGUUUUAUCUUCUCUUUCGCCGAUCCUCUCUCUUUUUUCUCCUCAUUUUCCAUCCACGUUGCACAGCCGCGCCUCCUCUUUCUCCACUGCACAGCCGCGCCUCCACGCUGCACGGCCCCGCUUCUAGCGCUGCACAGUGGGCCUCCAACCGCAGCCGCUACAGCCAUCAACCUCAGUCCUCAAUAUCUUGUUGUAGACAGAUUCAGUUUUCUUUGGAACAGGGUAUUUUGGAUAAUAAAUAAUUUAGUAUUACGGAAAUGAUUUCUUUUCUUUACUCCGAGGAUUCUUUUCUACUUAUUCUUUUUCUUCUUCAAUCCCAACCUCUAAAUAAACAGAUUUAGGAAACUUACAAUUUAUUUGCCAGUUAAUUGUUUGUUUCCAUCAACAAAUUUUAAUAAAAAAGAAAACACCCGAGUUUUAAGGUAAUCUUGGAUAUUUAAUUUUGUAUAAUCAUACCAAGAUUUUUGAUGUAUCGAGUAUUUGUAUCUUCAUUGAGCACUUAACUUGAAACUAUUAAAAUGUGUGAAUUUCUAUCCUGGACAGAUUGGUCAUCUGAAGAAUAUUAAAUUGUUUGCUCGAGGUUGUGUUAACUUCCUGCAAAUGGAUGGAGCAGGAAAUGGUGGCAGAAUAAGAAAAAUGGUGUUUGUAACAGUGGGAACAACGUGCUUUGAUGCUCUUGUUAAAGCUGUUGAUUCUAGACAAAUUAAAGAAGCAUUGUCAAAAAGAGGUUACACCGACCUUAUGAUCCAAAUGGGGAGAGGGUCAUAUGCCCCAUCCAAGGUUUCAGAAGAAGAUGGGCCUCUUACAGUGGAUUACUUUGCUUUCUCACCAAGCAUUGCUGACUACCUCAAAUCAGCAUCCCUUAUCAUCAGUCAUGCAGGUUCCGGGAGCAUAUUUGAGACGUUGCAAUUGGGUAAAUCCUUGAUUGUUGUUGUAAAUGAGGACCUGAUGGACAACCACCAAAGCGAGCUGGCAGAGGAACUUGCAGAGAGGAAGCACCUCUUUUACGCUCGGCCCCAGAUGCUGCAGCAGACUAUCGAAACCAUGGAUUUGGAGACUUUGGUCCCAUAUGUUCCAGGCACUCCAAAGCUGGUGGUUGACUUGAUGAACAAGUUCCUCGGUUUCCCGACGGAUUGAAUGUACGAUAAGGUGCUCAUAAGCUUUUCCAAACAAAAUGUUUCAGAUAGGAGGGAUUGCAAUAUGAGAAUUGAUUUGAAGUCUCUAGUCCCUUAUGCACAAGGUGAUCCUGUGCCAGUGGUUGAUUGGAUGAACAAAUUCCUCUGUUUUCCAUCUCAUCUGUGUAGAACAAGCUGCUCCAUAAGUUUUGGAAAACAAAAUCUUUCAGAUUGUAGGUUUUGUCAUAUGAAAUCCAAAGAAGUAUUGAGAUCAUU